AUGCUUUACGAACGCGGCAGCAUGACUGCCUUAAACACCGACGACCUAGAGGAUCUUCUGGCCAGCCGUCCGUCUCUAGCAGCCUCAGUUGACGACUGCUACGAUCUGGAUGCUGCCCAUCACCGCGCAAGCCGGUCGCCUUUCUUCGGCAUCCCGUCAACCCACUCAGGCUUCCGCUCAGAGGAAUCGGAGACCGAGGAGACCGAUAGCGCGGGCCCAUGGUCGCCGCCCGCCUGGCGCAAGGCCGGGAGCGGCUGGUACCGACACCACCACCAUCAUCAUCUGUCGCCCGAUAGCCCAUCGCGGUCGCGCGAGACCAGUCCGCCCUACGAGAGCGCCGGCGAAGGCGAUGCGAUCAUGCCUGCGAACGUGCCGCUGCCCAUGAGUCCGUUGAAGCAGACGCCGCGAACCAGCCCCGAGCGCGAUCUGCCGUGGGAUGCGCGCGUCAAGAAAGAGGAGCACCAGGACAAUGAGGACACGCCACAGCGUGCGCUGGCGCCUCGCGACAGGGAAAAGAGCAAAGAUGGCUCUGCGCCGCCGCAGGGUAUCUCGGCGACGGCCGCUGCGCAUGCCAAUAACUAUAUCCGUCUCGCGCUGCGCGCGGAAGUGCAGCACCGGACCGAGCCUUACGAGGCUGCGUAUUCGUGGUUGUGCGAUAACUUUUCGAUGGUAGCCAAGUCCCGCACUUCGACUCUGUUUUCCGUUCUUGUGGGUCUUUUGUCGAUUUUUAGUCUGCGCCUCCUCCUGCAGCCGCCGUCCGCGGGCCACGUUCCGGAUCUCGUGAAGGUUGCGGGCCUCGCAAAGGCGUUUGAGCCGUUCAUCUACUACAGCGAAAACGGAGUGUCGCAAAUAGGAGACUUGCAAGAGACGGGUGUCGCAGUAUGGGAUCUUGGAGAGAGCGUGCGUCUGACGAACAUGACCUCGGCGCCCAUUAUAGUUAAGGAGCUCGACGAGCUGAGCGAAAGCCUGAAAACCCUCUCGGUAGAAUUGACCAAGUUCUUUGCAAACGUGGACGGGGACGUCGAUAGUAUCCUCAUAGUCAUGGACUGGGCGAAGCGCGAGCUGGCGCACAUCCAGACGGUGCCAGAGAGCUCACUGUCGUCAGUCUUCGGCAAUGUACACCGACUCUUGAGCCGGAUUGGCCUUCUCGAAACCUCUUCUGGCGCACCUACAGCUGUCGGAAAGGUCGUCAGGGAGCUGUUCGGCCAGACAAGCCCCCAGCGCACCAAGGCAACCCUGCAACGCACUUUCAAUGAAUUCCUUAACGUGCUCGAGGAGAGCAUUAACAACGAACUCACUGCCUCUACUGCCCUGUUCAGCCUGUACGAAUCAAUUGAUCGCCAGUUCCUCAAUCUCCAACGCACCGUGCUUCGCGAGACAGACCAGCAAGAGCGCGAGGAAGGCGAUCUGCUGUCGAGUCUGUGGACACGCCUCAUGGGUGCCAAUGCCUCUCGCUUACGCAAGUACGAAAAGAACCGACAACUGCUGGCCUCUCUGCGCGCCCGCACCCUGCUCAAUAAGGGUGCGCUCGGUGACCAUCGCGCCAAGCUCCAGCAGCUCAAGAGCAACCUUGAGAUGCUCCGGAAGCGGCUGAUCAGCCCGCUGCUGAGGAGCAACGAGUCGAGCACGCUCGCCAUCGAAGACCAGAUCAGGGGCCUCGAUGGCACAUACGAGUACCUCCACGGCGUGCGGGAACGGCAGAAGACCAAGGUGAUGGGUCUUCUCUACGGACCGAGUGAACGAAUCCUCGUGAUUGAAGGUAACUCCUCAUAA